UCCCGUCCCUUUCUCUACUUGGCAAAAACUUUCCGGGAAAAUCACGCGAGAAGGUGCGAGAGAGAGAGAGAGAGAGCGCGAAGCCAUGGUGGAGUGCAGACCGCUAGGGUUCUUGCUGGGCCUUCCCUUCGCGUUGGUCGCUCUGGUGCUGUCUCUCGUCGGAGCAGUCGUGUGGGUUCUCGGGACGAUAUUGAGUUGCCUGUGCCCGUGCUGCAUAUGUUUUGCUGGACUGGCGAAUCUCGCGGUGGAUCUGAUGAAGCUCCCGAUCAAAGUGCUCAUUUGUUUCACCGAUCAGAUCCCUUGCUAAUCCUCCAUUUCAAUCUCUGUGUUCUUUCUAUCGUUUGUUU